AUGUCCGAUCAUGACGGGAACCAGAUGGAGUUCUCUCCGCCACCAGAAGCGGCGCGAUCUUGGGAUGGGGUGGUGAUACCCCGAUGGUUUGACUCAGAGAUGCCAGGUGAACUAGACCGGGGAACGAGAGAGUCUCUUAAUAACGUGGAAAGCGAAAGCUCACCCGCACUCCUGGAGGCUUAUUAUUAUGCACGGGAUAUGCGCCUUCUCCAAAAUGCCCUGUACUACUUGUCCUACAAAAUGCUCCGAAUCUUGACCCUACUCCAGGGGGAAAAUCCACAAGACACGGCACUGGAAGCCUUGCUCUGCACAAUCGAAGAUAGCUUCGAUGCGAUAGAAGACAUGUUUUUCCUCCAGUGUGACGAUGACGACGGCAACAACCUUGGUUUCACCAUGGAGGAGUCGCUCACGAUCCGUGAACAGCUCGAGAGGGAAGAAGGGAUGCUCGAUACUAUCAGACCCCGCCUCUUCGAGGUAGAGCGUUUCCUGGUGGAAAAGGAAGCUUCCUUACUGGCAGCUGGCGAUAGGUUCUUGUGGGGGCUUAUGCGCUUCGAACGGUGCAGACAUCGAGACUAUCUGAAGAGGUCUGUGGAAGCGAUGCAGACCGAGCGAUUGAAGCAGGUCGACUACACGGAAAAUGUCCUCUACUCGUGGGAGAGGGGAACGACUCGGGAAGCGAUCACAAUGCCGCCUUUGCGCCCAGACGACACCUCCUGCCUCAUCUGCUAUGACGAGUUUGCAGGAGAAGACGGGGAGAUCGCGGUCGACCCAAUGGUGACCACUUGUUGCCGGAGGCCAUUCCACGUCGCAUGUAUGCUUGGCUGGCUCUUCCAGAAGAUGGACGAUAGGGACGAAUAUGAAGAUGAAGAUGAAAUGAGCUGCCCGAUGUGCAGAGCUGAGGUGGAUGUCGACUCCUUUGUGGACCUCUUGGAAAUUCAGGUGAGGCAGAUGGACGCCUUGUGA